GUUGCGACACAGGCUUCGGUCACCGGCUAGCGAAGCGACUGUCGCGUAAAGGGUUCAUGGUCUUCGCCGGCUGCCUGAGCUCCAACAGUGAUGGAGCAGAGAAGCUUAAGCUUCAUUCCAAUGUAAAAGUUUUGCAACUAGACGUCACGGACCAGAAACAAGUUGACGACGCCCUGGAUACAAUCAACAAACAACUAGGCAACAGAGUGCUUUGGUCGGUGGUCGCGAACGCUGGAAUAGGAGCCGGUGGCCUCCUCGAAUGGCUGACCACGGAAACGGUCGCCAAGGUUUUCGACGUCAACGUUCUCGGUGCUCUUCGCGUCAUCAAAAAGUUCCUACCUCUGCUGAAGAAGAGCCGGGGCAGAGUGGUCGCGCUCGCCAGUCCGCUAGGCCAUUUCACAGUUCCCAUGGUGGCGCCGUACUGCAUGACGAAGCACGCCGUCGUCUCGAUGAUGGACGCUUUCCGUCGAGAAUGUAACAUUAGGGGCGUAGACGUAGUCACCGUGGAGCCAUCCGCUUACAGGACUUCAAUCGUCCAGAUGUACAAUGUUCCCAAGGAACAGUUGAUGCGGGAGUUGCGGCAGCGGGCGCCGGAAGUCAUCGCCGACUACACCGAAGAAGAAAUCGACGGUGCCGUAAGGGCGAUGGACAAGUUCACCCAGCUUCUCAUAAGGGAGGAUCCCGAGGAGUGCGUCGACGUUCUGGAGAGGGCAGUCACGGAGACAAACCCAAAGACUCACUACCACUCACCCUGGGGACUAGAUAGAGUCUACCCGCUACUGAUCAUGUCCCUACCUAGUGAGGUCGCCGACUUCGUCAUUAAUCUCACCCGAAACCUGCAAAUGAAGUUGUUGUCAAGGUCGCCAAAGGGCUAGAAAGCUUAGCUCAAAUGGACAUCAAGAAAGCAAUGCUCAGAGAGUGUGUCCGUAAACUUCUUACCGUUUGUGGAUUACAGGGUUAGCGCGAGAACUUUACGGCUGCACCGCGGUUGCUAAGACAGUCUUUUGACGCAGGGUGCUACUAGAAGUGUGUACUGCGCAUGACAUAUUAGUGUCACCCAAAAACUGCAAAUAAGGAUUCUGUCCAGGUCGCCAAGGGCUAGAAAGCU